AUGCUGUAUAGUCACAUUCAAGGCACCCUACUGCCACAUGCUGCUAACCAGCUCACCUCGUUGAAUGAGGUUGUAGCGAAACUGAGCAGGGAGAGGAAGAGGAAUGCCUUCACUGGGGGGGAUGAUGGUGAUGAUGAUGAUGAUGAUGAUGAUGAUGAUGAUGAUGAUGAUGAUGAUGAUGAUGAUGAUGAUGAUGAUGAUGAUGAUGAUGAUGAUGAUGAUGAUGAUGAUGAUGAUGAUGAUGAUGAUGAUGAUGAUGAUGAUGAUGAUGAUGAUGAUGAUGAUGAUGAUGAUGAUGAUGAUGAUGAUGAUGAUGAUGAUGAUGGUGGUGGAGUGAUGUGGGGUGAUGUGGAGAGAAGAGGGGUGGAGAGAGGUACCAGUGGCAGAGUCAAAGAGGGCGCGUGCGAGCUGCUGGCCACAGAGAGGCGCGAAGAGGUUGACCGGGGAGAGAGGGGGGGAUGGGAGGCAGCAGCAGCAGCAGAGACACUGCAGCUUGGGCAGGCAGUGGCAGCAAAGGAAGGAAGAGGAACGGGAGGAGGAGAAACGGGAGGAGGAGGAAAAACGGGAGGAGGGGGAGAAACGGGAGGAGGGGGAGAAACGGGAGGAGGGGGAGCAGAAGCCAUUAGCAGAGGCAAUGUCGUCAGUAUCAACUCCGGUUUCCCGCAGCUCCCCUCCUCUCCCUCUUGA